UAUUGUGUAACUAUAAGACCAUUAAAGAAGAUAAUGGAUACCAAAAUAUACACAAUUAUACAUGGAAAUAUAAUCGAAGAAAGUAAAAUAAUAAUAUUAAAAAAUCAGGACAUAGAGAACAUCUAUAAGUUUUGCCAAACUCAUUUAAUCGAGCUGUAGGAUGGCUGCCUGACAAGCUAAAGAAGAAGACAGUACAUAAAAUUUCAUUUUGUCACGGAAUACAACAUGGAGUCAAGAUAAAGGGGGAUAACAGCAGUCCGUAACACCGGCGGACUUCACCAACGCCCUCCCGUUGCCCUCCAGGUGCAGUCAGACCUUACAACAGAAACCUUUUGCUACCCGACGACAACACCAUGGCUAGCGCUGCACCUCCUGGGUAUCCGCCGAUGUCCACACCCUCUACAGACCAGACUGCAUUUGGGGUUAUGGGACCCGGUUAUACCUCAGACGGUUCUAACCUCCCCAAAAGAAAUGAUGUAGUAACUACUACACCCCAGCAAAUAGAGAUACAAAUGGCCCAGCAGAUGGCCUAUGGUCCUAGAGUGGUGGUGACUGUGACCGAACCUCCGACACAGGUUGCUCUUCUCUUGUCUGUGCUGAGCUCCAUCUUCUGUUGUAUCAUUUGUGGCUUCACGGGAAUGAUCUUUUCGUGGAAGGCUCGCAUCGACGUCCUCAACAACAAACUCGAGCACGCGCGCCACUCACUCGUCAUCGUCUGGAUUCUCUUUGGCUUUGCCAUCUUCUUUGGCAUCAUCACCUGGACAGUCGUCGCCUUUUAUUGUAUCUUCGCAACCAGAACUUUAUUUUAACUACCAAACGUCAGCUGAGACCCAAAGG